AUGGAUGCGGCGGCCUCAGCUGCUGUCGCGGCUGCCAAGGAGGCGGCGCUGGCCGCGUCUGCCGCGGCAUCUGCUGCUGCCAAGGAGGCGGCAGUGGCGGCUUCGACUGCGGUGGAGGCGGCGGCUGCCAAGGAGGCGGCGCUGCUCGCGUCUGCCGCCGCAACGGCUGCCGCGAAGGAGGCAGCGGCGGCGGCUGCGACCGCGACGGAGGCGGCCGUGAAGGCUUCGGCUGCGGCCUUAAAUGCGAAGGAGGCAGCGGAUGCGGCGGCGGCCGCAGGGGAGGCUGCGACGGUGGCGAUUCAGGCUUUCAAGAAGCGCAAGUUCCAUCUUAUCGACGGUGACGACGACGAUCUCAUCAGCCGCCUCCCCGACGCCGUCCUCGGCAGCGUCGUGUCUCUUCUCCCCACCAAGGAAGGCGCCCGCACGCAGGUCCUCUCCCGCCGGUGGCGCCCGCUCUGGCGCUCCGCUCCUCUGAACCUCGUGGUGGACUCUGAACUCAAGACCAUCGACUUGGUUUCGAAGAUCCUCUCCGAGCAUGAUGGACCGGCGCGCUGCUUCUCGCUCCGCCUCCAUAUCGACGACUGUUACGACAGGAUCGAAGGCUGGCUUAGUUCCCGGGCGCUGUACAGCCUAGAGGAGCUCGAGCUCGCCCCCAAGCUCUUGUUCGCCAAGACGGAGAAGUUGUGCCUGCUGCCAUCGUCGGCGUACCGCUUCUCGCCCACGCUCCGCGUGGCCAAAUUCCACGGCUUCCAUUUCCCCGACUUGAUUGUGCAGCUGUCCCUCAAGUUUCCGCGCCUCGAGCAGCUGACCCUGGCUAGCGUCACCAUCUCAGAGGACGCCCUCCAGAGCAUGCUCUCUGGCUGCCCUGCCUUGGAAAGCCUUGAGCUGAAGAGAAAUUCGGGCAUUGGUCGCCUCUGCAUCAGCUCCCAGACCAUUAGGAGUUUAGGCUUUUGCGCUGACCGGUGGAGUGGUGGAGGUGUCUUUCUGCAAGAGCUGGUCAUCGAGGACGCCCCGUGCCUUGAGAGAUUGCUACCGCUCGAUCCAAAGGGUGGUACAGAGAUCAUACGCGUAAUCCGGGCACCUAAACUGCAGAUACUGGGCAUGCUCUCUGAAGACAUAUCCGAAUUCCACCUUGGAAGUACAAUUUUUAAGAAAAUGGUUGCUGUCAGUUUGACAACCAAAAUGCACACCAUGAGGGUUUUGGUUCUCUGCUCUGCUGGCCCUAAUAUUGACGAAGUGGUUAACUUCCUCAAGUGCUUCCCCUGCUUGGAGAAGCUGUAUGUCAUUUCACUCUCAGGCACAUGGAGCUCAUUGAAGGUUAUGAAUAAUGCUCGGAAGUAUGACCCACUGGACCCAAUGGAAUGCUUUGAGCUCCAUCUCAAAAAAGUAGUGUUGAAGAAUUAUGACGGCAACAAGAAUUUAUCUGUUGACUUUGCAAAGUUCUUUGUUCAGAAUGCGAAAGGGCUAAAUGAAAUGAAAAUCACAUUGCCUUACCACCGCCAGCAUGAAUGGCAUACCCAUGAUUUGUCAAUGGAUGACCCCUUCGACUUGCCCUCCAGAGGAUGCUCAAAGUGUAUAGAGAAGGGUCUAGGAGAUGCUAUAUACCAAACUUAA